AUUGGCUUGCUGUCAGGUCGAGCCCCGCCCUCCACUCGUAGCCCCAAGAGGAAGAUGAGUAACCCGCAGCUAGGACUGCUAAAUCAUGGCAACAUUUAUGGAACGGUUAGCUUUUCUCCAGAAAGUGCCAACCCUGAUGAAGGCUACAGCAGAUGAUGAAAACCCCUGUCCUGGCUACCUGUUCCAAGAGAUUGGAAAAAUCUCUCACGAAUCUUCAGGGUGUGGUCAGUGUUUGUUGGAGUAUCUGCUGGAGAGGCUUCAAGUGGAGUCCUGUCACGUCAAACUUAAGGUGCUGAAGAUCUUUGUCCAUCUCUGUGGUCAUGGCUCAAAUGAUUUCCUCACAGAACUCAGAAGGAACUCCACCUUCAUCCAGCAAGCAUCAGUUUACAGUGGGCCUCCUGAUCCCAUCCACGGCACAGCGCUGUACCAGAAAGUUAGGAAUACAGCACAGGAAGUAGCCCGGUUACUUUUCACAGAUGCAAUUUCCACCAGGAGUAGCAUCUCUCCGCUCUGCCUUGCUCCUCCAACAAUGGGUAUGGGAUCGGCGUCUUCCCACAGGUCAGGAAUGCAGGGCUUUGGAUACAGUCCAGGGAAGCAGGCGACAGUAGGCAGCGACUCCAUACUGGAUAAGAUCCAGAAAGCUGCCGAAGUAGUGGCCAGCGCUGUCCUCCCCCCGACUGAGCACCAGGGCAUCCGUCUCCAUGACAACAAUUACCGGGCCGUGGUGGCGCCUUCCGCACCCAUAGAGGUGGCCGUGCCGGCGUGUGCCUAUAACCUGCCUGCUUGUGGACCAAAAGCAGUGACCAAGCGGUGUCCAGGGCAGGUAGGAGGCGGCUGGGAGGAGACGGACAGCGGCAACAGCUCCUCUCAUAACUCCUCUCAGGACAUCGCUGCCAACAGCAGGGCUUCUGUGGGCAGCAAGUCAGCUGGAACAGGGAGCCAAUCAGGGGCCAGCAGAGAGAGCAGUGGGGACCUAUCAGAACGGGUGGAAGCCCUGCAGUUGGGGGACUGUGGUCAGGAGACGGCCCUCAUCAACAGACUGACUGAAGGCUCCAGAGUUUUCCUGUCCAGAGAGGAGAGCCAACUCUUCAUCAAAGAGUGCUUCAUUCUUAACUGUGAGGUCGUGGUGGAGCUACUCUCAAGCAAGCUUCAAGAUCCUUCAUAUACCGUUAAGAUGCGUGCUCUGUGCGCGGUCGCGUGCCUCAUGACCUCUGACCUCCUCUCUUUGGAACAAAUGUUCGGAGCUACACAGCGUAGACUUCGCCAGCUGAGCGACGGGCCUCCAGGACCCGUGGCAAACAAAGCCACCAAGAUCUUGCGACAAUUUGAGGCUCUGAUGGGCGGACCUUCAGCUUCUAGCAGGCAGAACAGUAACCAUCAGCCAGCGAUUAAUCACACAUCUACAUACUCUGACAGUUUAGUACCAAAACACUCGGCGGAAAACCUUCAACUUUAUCAGCCUGACAGCUCGCCUGCAGAUGUCCCCUCACUGCCAAUUAAUCCAUCUUCCCCUUCUGGUCUGGACCAGAGCGACUCCACAGGGGAGCUGAUGGAAGACGGUAACGAGGAGCGAGAAUUAGUGGAAAAUCAGAUGCAGCCAGUCAGGACUGCUGAGGUUAAACCGACUGCAGGAGCUCCACGGGUUAUCAGAGACAAAAGCCCCCCUCCUUCAUGUGAGGCUCAGAGCGAUGCCGCCCAUCGCAGCAGACUGUCCCUGUUCAGAGGCAUGGAGCUGGUGACCAAAGGGAGGCCACUGCUCGAAAGAGAAACCUCCCAAACAGAGUUGGACAAAACAGAAGAGAACUUAAAGGAAAACCAAACUGUGCAGGAGUCUGACUGCUCAGUGAACUCCUCUCCGACUUGCAUAGAAACCGCCGAGGAUGCUCCCUCAGUUUGUAAUUCCGUUGCGUCUAGUAGCAGUCAGACAGUUUCCGCUUUCUCGUUUCUUAACUUUUGACCGCUGACCAACCUUUUAGAGCUGCAACUUUAAACCAAUGAUGUCAUCACGUGUAUCCUCUGAGAAGUCUGUUUAACUUUAAACCAAGAUCCGACCUGUCGGGUUGUAACUAAGUUCUGUUUGGUUUUCUCUUAUCUGUGUGCCUCCUCAGAAGCUGGUUUUUAGCAGCCAAGUGGUCACGAGAAGGAGAUUUAGGACUCAUUUCAGCUACAUGAGAGCAGUCCACAGUCGGUAUGAGAAGCUCUGAAACUGUCAUUUAACAGUUGAUAGUUGGCUGAGGUUUCAUUUCUCAACAGUAUUUAACUCGUAUGGUUGUCUUGAACUAGAGGUUAUUAUUCUGCCUUACAAAGUCAGAGAACAGUAACUACAGGAGCAGUGAGAAAAAUGGCUUGAAAGGUUUUAUCCAAAACUGUACCCAUCAUGGUGUAAAACGUCCAUUUUAAGCUUUUCAAGGUGAUUAAUCGUCACUGGCUUUGCACAAAGUCUAAAAACCAGUUAACCCUCCUGUGUCCUCAUGAGCCCAAAAACAUAUUGUUUCCUUGUCUGGAAAAAAUCCAAAAAUUCAGCAAAAAAAAAUCCCCAAAUUUUUGAAAAUUUGCAAAACCUUCAAGAACAAAAUUCCAGUAAUUGCUUAAAAGUUUCCCUUAAUAUUUUUUUUUAAAUCUCCCAAAUUUGGCAAGAAAAUUCUCGUAAAUAUAUUUUUUUAAAUUAGUAAAAAUCUUCCAAAAAAAUCCUAAAAAUAUCUGAAGUGUUUACAUAUAAGUAAAACUUCUGAUAUUUUCUUUAAGAAUAUUCACAAAAAAAAUCAAACAAAAUCCAGUGAAAUUCGCUGGAUUUUGGUUGUUUUUUGUUUUUUUUUUUGUGAAUGUUCUUAAGAAGCAUUUUUAACAUUUUUUUUCUGCCAAAAAAUGUUCAGAGAUUUCCUCAAAAAUGUUUAAAAUGUGGACAUCAGAAGUUUCACUGUGAAAAUAGAUUUUCCCCCCCCCACAUUUUCAAACUUUAAACCGCAUCAAUUUUGACCCGCAGGACAACGCAAGGGUUAAUGACUAUCUUUUAUUUAAAGAAUUCAAAUAAAAUAUGGUGUCUGAGAAAAAUCGGAACAAAAAAACAAUUUUAUUGUAGUCAGAGGCGGCUAGUUCAUCUCUUGCAACUGUUGCAUUAUUGGCAAACCUGUUUACUGAAAUGUUGGAGCCAGUAGUGUGUUGUAAUUCAGUACACUUACUAAAGUACUGUUUUUGACCGCAGUCUUUUCAUGACAGCAUUUAUCUGAUCUUACCUUGCAGUAACUGAACAUAUGCAGAGAUUAUGAAAUGAUCUUGUUUUUUUUUCCUUAAGCUACCCAACAGGUUUUACAAGUACAGCUAAAGUGAAACUAUUAGUCGAUUGAUCAACUAGUCACUAUUUUUACAAAUGAAAUCAUAAGUUUAUUAAUGGAGAAAAUAAUUAGAACAUAAAUGAAUCAUGAAAAUAAUCAAUAGUUGCAGGAAUGUAAGAAAAAAAUAAGUUCCAAAUGAGCUCCACUGUAAAAUUCUGCUUUGCCAUUCGUGCAUAUUAAGAUAAUUUGAUUAUAUAAUGUGUGAAAACAGUUACAGGGGUUUUUCCUGCAUCGAGCACUUUUUCUUUUAAUAUUUUAAGUACAUUUUGCAAUAAUACUUUUAAACUUUUACCCAGUUUUCAGUGCAGAACUUUGAUUUAACAAUGUAAACAAUGUGAGUUCCUGGUCGGAGCAUCAAAGUAGAAGUAACAGGAAAAAGUGGGUAAAUUUUCUUGAGCUGAGGCCUUUUCUCCAGCUAGUUGUAACUAGCAGUUGUAGGAUUGUUCAAAUGUUUAUUUAUUCUUUUAACUCACAAAAAUGACACACCUCUAUGGCACAUUCAUGUCUAUAUUGUAAGUAAAACGUCGGCUGCAUGUCUGAUCUCAUUAUCAAACGCGUAGUUGCUGCGUUUCGGCUUUGUAAGGCAGCACUGAAGGUCGCUUUAUCUCAGGAUUUCUUUUAAGUAACAACUUACACCUCUGCAGCACGUCCUGAACCUCUGAGGGAAGAGACCCUCGAUUUGUAAUUUUGCACUACAGUUGCUUUUCUUAUGGAGUCAAACCUAAAAAUGAGAGUCGUCUUCCGUUAUUUUUGGUACUAAGCUAUUAUGUCAGUGUAAAUGUGGAGUCUUACUUUACAAAUUAUUUAUUAAGUCUAACCUGUGUUGAUUGAAAUGUACCCAUGAGAGUGGUUGUAGAGUGCAUGAAUAAAAACUGAUGGGGGGGGUGAAUGCAGGAAUUAAUUAUUGAGAUACUCUGUGUGCAUAAUUAAUGUAAUAACUGUGUGUGAUAAAACAUCUGCAACUUAUAAGUGGUUUCUCAAGUCAUCAAAGGGUAUUGCCUUCGGUGUUUCUUUGGUUACGUACUGCACUGCAGUGUUGACUACUGAAUAAAAUACAAACUACACACCCAAAUGGUAAUCCACCCUGCUGGUACUAUAAUGAACACCACUAAUGUAUUUUGUUUCAGUGAACACAAGCCAUGCUGUUCAACACGCUGAAAAACAAUAAAACAUGCUGUAUUUUUGUAACAGCACCGACUA